AAAAAAAUACAAGAAGCAAAAUUAGUAACCGAAUAUGGAACUGAUCUAGAUUUAAGUGAAAAAUUACGAUAUUUACUUGCCUUGGCUUUUCUUCCACCUGAAGAAAUUCCUGCUGCAUUCAAUAUUUUAAAAAAAAAAUACCACCAAUUGCUCAUAAA